ACUUUUCCACCAAAGCCCAAAGUCUAUCUCUCAACUUUUCCACCAAAGCCGAAAGUCUACAUAGACUUCGUCGCGGUCGCGGUCCCAAAGAGCCGACUCCCACAGACUCUUUUGUUAGUUUCUACUUUCUACCAGAGAAAAAUACAUAUAUGGAAGGAGGAGGAGAAGGGAGGAGGCAAGGCCACCCCCGGCUCAGGGGAGGGAGGAGGACCGAGAAGGGAGGCCACAGCCAUGGAUUUUCUCCCUCCCAGAUCCAAUCGCUGGCUGCCAUGUGCGAGGCUUUCAUACCAUCUCUUCCAAUGGAAGAGCUCCACGUCAGCAGUGGCAAGGAGGACCCACCCACCAAGAGCCUCCAGGCCUUCUACCUGGCUUCCGGGUCUGAAUCCCCAAUACCAGAUGAGGUUGCAGAGUUGUUGGUCAAGAGGGGCAUGAAAGAGGCUUUACUUUUGGUCAAAUUGGUAUUAUGGCUCCUUGCUACCAAGUUGGGCACACUUGUCCUCUGUAGGUCCUUGAGCCUAUGUGGGCGAUUCCCAUUCAUCAACAAGUUCUCAGACAUGCCCAUAGAGAAGAGGGAAGAAGUUCUUAAGAGAUGGAACAAGGAAAAAAAUUUUGUACCUUUAAGGAUGGUAUUUGUCAUGGUGAAGAUCUUCUGCCUUUACAUCUUUUACUCCAUGACUAAUGAAAACUCUGAGAACCAGUCAUGGAAUGCCAUUGGAUAUAGCUUACCCACUGAGGAAAAGCCACCAAAAUCCCAAUCAGAGAGGCCUCUUGAGAAGGGUAUCAUAGAAACCAUGGAUCAAACUGAUUCAUCCCUCCUCCAGUCCCUCACUAUGAAAGGCCUGGCAGUCUCCCAAGACCCAAACCAAAACUUGUACGAAAUUAAAUGCGACGUUGCCAUAGUUGGUUCCGGCUGCGGAGGAGGAGUCGCUGCCGCAGUGCUCGCAAGCGCCGGUCGCAAGGUUGUAGUCAUUGAGAAGGGCAACUACUUCACAUCGGAAGACUACACCUCCAUCGAAGCCCCCUCCAUGAACGAAAUGUACGAGUCCGGCGGAAUUCUUAGCACUCUCGACGGGAAGAUUAUGCUCCUAGCCGGAUCCACGGUCGGGGGUGGCUCUGCUGUGAACUGGUCAGCUUGCAUCAAGACACCAGACCAUGUCCUCAAGGAAUGGGCAGAGGAACGUCAGCUUCGUCUCUUCGGGAGCACAGACUAUCUCUCAGCAAUGGACGCAGUCUGUCGAAGACUUGGAGUCACGGAGAAUUGCACUGAAGAAGGAUUUCAAAACAAGGUUCUUCGCAAAGGCUGUGAGAAUCUUGGUCUUCAAGUAGAUUCCGUGCCAAGAAAUACCUCGGAAAGACAUUUCUGUGGCAGCUGCUGUUAUGGCUGUCGAGAAGGAGAUAAACGUGGGACUGAUACUACUUGGCUGGUCGACGCUGUUAACCAUGGCGCCGUGAUCAUAACCGGAUGCAAAGCUGAGAGAUUUGUAUUCAAAGAGAAUGAGCCAGGGAAGAAGAAGACGAAGAAGUGCGUGGGAUUGAUUGCCAAAUCUUUAAGCCGUAUGGUGACGAAGAAACUAAGAAUCCAAGCCAAAGCAACCAUUUCAGCAUGCGGUUCUCUCUUGACACCCCCGCUGAUGAUUUCUAGCGGGCUGACAAAUUCAAACAUAGGCAGGAACCUGCACCUUCACCCAGUAGUUUUCGCAUGGGGCUACUUCCCGGAUUCGGCAUCGGACCACCACCACCGAGGCAGAGCUUUCGAGGGAGGGAUCAUCACAUCGUUGCACAAAGUGAAAGCGGUGGAGGAUUCGGAUUCGAGCUUGCGGGCGAUCAUCGAGGCGCCGGCAAUGGGGCCCGCGUCCUUUGCUUCGCUGGUCCCCUGGGUGUCGGGGCAGGACUCGAAGGAGAGGAUGGCGAGAUACAGCCGGACGGCGCUUCUCUUUGCAUUAGUAAGAGAUCGCGGCUCGGGGACAGUGGAGGGGGAGGGGAGGGUGAAGUAUCGGUUCGAUGCGUUGGACAGGGAGAAUUUGAGGGAGGGGCUGCGGAGGGCGCUGCGGAUUCUGGUGGCGGCGGGUGCGGUGGAAGUGGGGACGCACCGGAGCGACGGGCAGAGGAUGAAAUGCAAGGGGAUCGAGGAGAAGGACUUGGAGGAGUUUUUGGAUGGGAUUUCUGCGGUGGGAGGUCCGAUGUCUAGGAGAGAAUUGUGGACCUUGCAUGCCUCUGCUCAUCAGAUAGGGAGUUGCAGGAUUGGAGCGAGCGAGGAGGAGGGUGGGGUGGAUGAGAGCGGGGAGAGUUGGGAGGCGCAGGGGUUGUUUGUGUGCGACGGAAGUGUGCUUCCAAGUGCUGUUGGGAUUAAUCCUAUGAUCACCAUCCAGUCCGUUGCCUACUGUCUCUCCAAGGGGAUUGCAGAAUCCUUGAAGAGAGGUUCUGAAUGAGAGAGAGAUAUUGUUAUGGAUUGAUUUGGUUGUCCAAGAACACAUCAUUUACUAGUAACCUUUGACAACUACGGUACAAUCUAUAUAAUGAUAGAUUUAAAAUAUCUAUCAUGGUUACAGUCUCUUGUUA